AAAAAUGCAAUUAGUUUGGGACUGAGAUAAUUAGGGAAUAGUAUACCAAUACAUUUUAGUCCCUUGACGUGACUAUCCUUCAUCGUGCGCGAAGAAAAACCUUGUAGAAUUCGCCCGAUAAACGCGUUUUGUGUGUUUUUGUUUGUUAUUUGAAUACCAUGAAAGGUGACGCUUACAUUUUGGUAACGGGACUCGUGCUUGCUGCCCUCGCCAAUCUGCCGGAAAUCCAGUCUCAAGAAUGCAAAUUUUAUGGAGAAAUCAUAAAUGAAUCCCAAGCAAAUGUGAACAUCAUCGAAACUAUACCAAAAGACAGAGUCAUCUUAAGUUUAACAACAUCUCCGGGAUACGUGAACUGCUCGGAUCUCUCUUCGGGUUCGAUGGGGUUUUCGAAAUAUAUAGGAUACAGACAAACUCCGACUGCAACGGAUAACAAAACGCUGGAAUUGUUCAUGGCUCAAGCGAUUGGUGACGACCUUGACAACGGCGACAUAAAUAUUGUGGACCAAAAGUAUGCAUUGUUGACAGGUCAAUGCAAGCUAUACUGCGAACAACCACCGCCCGUAUCAUUAUACAUUACCGUGGCUAUAGAACCCGAAAACACCAAGCCACCGAUAUUCAGUCGGAGUUCGGCUAAUUUGACUUUGGAUGAAAACUAUCCCAUCGAUUUAGAUUUUAGCGAUCUACUGAUCGUUAAUGAGCAACGGUUAAAAGUCUCUGAUAAGGACCUCCCUCUCGAAAAACUCACUUUUGAGGUCAGCGAUUCGCGAUUCAAGGCAUUGGAGCCAUACUUUCGAUACUACAAUGAUUCAAAAAAUCAGUUGCGUGUUGAGUACGAGCCACGCAUUGCUGUUAAUCAGACGUUGAAAGCCGAAGAUAGUCCCAUCACGUUUAAUUUAAUAGCCAAAAAUAACCAAACUGAAAGUAACUUCAUGAUUACAAUCAACAUAUCUCCGAACGAUAUGCACGACCCAGAAUUUGAAUUGCCAUACUACACCUCUACAAUUGAAAAUUCUCAAUUCACAGGAUUGCUGACCGUUGAACAGAAAAAUAUUCUCGCAUACGAUGGUGACAAGAAAAUCAAUCAGGAGAUCCGUUAUGACAUUACUGACAAAGAUGGUCUUGAAGUAAGCAUAAAGACCCAACAGCCAGGUAAAGGUGUCCCAAUAGAAAUAGAGCUAACGCAGCCUGUGGAAGGGUCGGCAACCGACAAAAUGCGUUACGUCGUCAUUAAGGCAACACAAAUAGAUGACGAAACUCGAUACGAAACCGUCGUUCUCGCCGUAGAGCUUCCGCAAAUCAUAGUGACGACGCCAACUCCAACAACCGCGCCAACUUGUCCUCCCUGCUUGACUACCAGCACAGCCAGCCCGACAACGACAACCACCGCAAUGCCAUGUACUACCCCAACCGUACCGACUUGUACACCCUGUCCAACGGUGAUGACAAACCCGACUACUGACGCAGCCACGUCGUGUCCGACGUUCGAUCCCACUACAGAUUGCCCAAUAAUUAGCACAACAAAUUGUCCCGUUUGCUCGUCAACGACAGAGGCUGCCCAGACUACCCUGUAUGCAAGCACGACCUCAUCAACAUCUCCUAGCAGUUCCACAAUCAUUACAUCGACAACUGCUCAAGUGAUGUCAACUACAACGGAAGGAACGACAAGUUGCAGUUGCCCUGCGUAUCCCAGUGAGACCGUAACAGUCUGUCCAACAGAAUGCCCAACGUGUCCGACAGAAUGCCAAACAUGCCCGACAGAAUGCCCAACUUGUCCGACAGGAACUACCUUAAGUUCCUCUUCAGCUUCUACAGAAACUCCAUCGUCGACGGUAGUUUCAACUUCAAACCCAACGAUUUGCCCAGAAUUGACGACUGUAAGUCCUUCGACAUGCGACUGUCCCACAACUCCGUCGACAGUUUCGACUUCAUGCCCAUCAGUGACUUGCCCCGAAUUAACGACUGCCAGUACCCCGACAUGCGACUGUCCCACAACCCCGUCAGCAGCUUCAACUUCAUGCCCAAUAACUUGCCCAGAAUGGACAACUGCCAGUACUUCAGCAUGUGAAUGUCCAACAGUGACGUGCCCAACAACCUCUACGCUGACGCCAGAAAAUCCCACUGUGCAUUUCGACAAACAGCAAUACGCGUCCGAAUUGGUGGAAAACUCGCCCGUGCAAACUUUUGUGGUCAGGUUGAACGCGGAGAGCACCUCGGCUGACGAACAACCGGAAUACAGCUUUGCGGAAAGCUACGACACCAGGUAUUUUAGUGUCGAUCCCAAAACUGGAGUGGUCACCACCGCACAAUCUCUGCCAAUUGGCAAUUAUUCUUUGGAGGCCAUUGCCGAAAUUCGUAGUGGUGCCAAAGAUUAUACUCGGAUCAUCGUCUCAGCGGUCAUGGGAACCUUGUGCGGCGGAACCCAGUUCAGCUCACCUCUGUACGAAUUUCCUGUUGCUGAGCGAACAACAGGAAUCGUUGGUCAAGUAGAACUGCGAUCGACCGAGGACACCGUGUACGAUUUGACGAUCGCAUCGUGCAACCCGCCGUCCAUGAUCGGUGAUUUUGAGGUGAAGCCAAACGGAACACUGAUCGUCGUUAGGCCGUUCAGUUGGACAGUGACGCUUCCGAAAAUUAGCAUCACAAUCACAGUCGUAAGCCAACGGAAUGUGAGACUAACACCGAUUUCGACAGUGGUCAACCUCGAUGUCUUGGAUGUUAACGAAGCGCCAGAAUUCGUUGGCUAUGCUUCUUCUGUGGUGGUCGGCUACCCAGAGCGGACCUACUUUGAUCCUUCAGUUCAAAUGCCACUCUACGCAGUUAAGGCAUUUGAUUCCGACAGCCAAGAAAACGCUAGUCUCAGUUAUCAUUUGGCGAACGAAUUUGAAUUUUUCGAUAUCGAUGUACUGACUGGUUCCUUGUUUGUCAGAGGCGUCGACAGCCUUGAUUCGACUUCUAGCCGCACGGUUCAAGUGCUCGCCAGAGAUAAGCACGGCCUGCAGGACAGCCUAAACAUAACUGUGAAAUCUUUAGGCGACGAUUUCAUCGCGCUCAUGAAAGCCAAAAGCGACACCGACACCUUGACGGCCGAGACGGUCGCCAGCGAUUUGAGCCGCAUUCUAGGCUAUCCGACGGUCGUUUUGCGCAUUGAAAAGGGUCCCGACAGCGGCGGUAGUGUCAAACAGCUACGUAAUGGCUACGCCUACAGCGUAACUCUUUACGCCGUAAACAACACGGCAUUCAUCGCAAGGGAGGAAAUCGUUAAGAAAUUGGAUCAAGCAAACACUAAUGGCUUGAGCUGGACCGUCGAUGGAAGCUUAGCUGCUCCACUAGAAUACGAAGUUGACACUAUUGUUGGCAACUUGACCAAGGAAGCGCAAGAUUACGAAAUCGCCACCGUUGUCUUGGCGACCUUGUUCGGAGUGACCCUCAUCCUUAUUGUAGCGUACAUCAUUUACGCCCGAAAAUUCGACACUGUGGAACGUCCAUGGAGCAAAGCUGUCCAGGCUGCGUCACUGGAAACAGAGAAGAAACACUGGGAUCAGCGCUCGGUCGUUAUGUCGAGCGAGAUGGAUGACGAGCAAAUAUUGGAGUCGAAAAUCGGUAGCUAUAACAGCGCAUUGUCUGGAGUAAGCAACGAAGGAGCGGCACCACCACCUACCAUUCGCUUCGUGAUAAGGAAAACUUCCGCCGACGACGUUGAACAGGCGCAAACACCUACGGAAGAUGAGGCCUAUUGUCCUCCAACCCCUCUUCCGAAGAAAAGUAUUUUAAAAGAUCCAAAUGCCACGGACAAGAACAACAAACAGAGGACGGAGGGCGAUAGCAAAUUAGAGGACGCCAGUGCUGGCGUCAAGUUCAACUCGACUCCGGAAGUGAUUGAAGUGGCUGCCACCACGUCUGACCCUCCAGUCAAAGGGAUUAAUUUCUCCGAUUUCUCCGCCGAAAGUAAUGACGCCGUUGACGACGACGACGAGUUCGAGCAAUUCUAAAUCCUGUAAAAUAUGACAUUUUAUUUGUUGUUUCCUUACUGCAAUUGUUGACUAUGUUUUACGGUUACGUAUUUGGUGGUCUUAGAUCUUUGCCGAUUUCCGUAGACAAGGCAACGCCGUUACUAAUAUUCUUACAGCACCAUUUUUACACGAUAUUAACCAUAUCUUUACACAGGAUAAUUGUAUUUACAUAACAGAGAGGCAGGCCCCUUGGAACAGGUGCCGCAGAACCGGUGUUAAUUUUGUCAUCGUAUGUGUGAAUUUGAUCAAAUAAAAUAUGCCGAAUAAUGA